CGGGUCCCGCUCCCGCUUUCAGACCUUCAUCAGCUCCUCUUCCUCAGGAUGACGGGCCGGGAGGAGCUCAGUGAGGACAAGCCCAGGCUCCGGAUGCUCUCUCCGGGGAUCGGGAUCGAUAAGGCCCGGCUGCAUGGCUCCGGGUUCCGCUCCAAAGGCUUCGCCAUCACCGACCUGCUGGGCCUGGAGUCGGACCUUCAGGCCCGGCAGCAGCCCGCCGGGCCCCCGGGGGCCACCCUGACCGCUGCGGGUCCCGGAGCAGAGCCUCUGGGUCCGGGCGGCGGCCUCGGGGGUUUCUCCUUCCCGGGCGGUUCCCUGCCGCUGGGUCUGGGCUUCCUGUGCAGCCUGGCGGCCCAGCAGCCCGCCGGCGGCCCCUGCUUCCUACCGGGUCACCUGCCGCUGCUGCAGGGCCGCUCCGAGAGCCACUACCUGCAGCAUCUGGAGGCCCAGAGGGAACAGCUCUCCGAUGAUGAAGUUCUCUCUGACAGAAACGAUUCGAAAAGUUCCGGAAACUCACAGAAGAGGAAGAAGAGGAGACACAGGACGGUGUUCACCUCCCACCAGCUGGAGGAGCUGGAGAAGGCCUUCCAUGAGGCCCACUAUCCGGACGUCUACGCCCGGGAGAUGCUGGCCAUGAAGACGGAGCUGCCGGAGGACCGGAUCCAGGUGUGGUUCCAGAACCGGCGGGCGAAGUGGCGAAAGCGUGAGAAGUGCUGGGGUCGCAGUAGCGUCAUGGCGGAGUACGGGCUGUACGGCGCCAUGGUCCGACACUCCAUCCCGCUGCCAGAGUCCAUCCUGAACUCGGCCAAGAACGGCAUGAUGGGAUCCUGCGCCCCCUGGCUGCUCGGUGAGCCGCAUGCACGUAUGCACAAGAAGUCCCUGGAAAUGUCCAAGAAGUGUUCCAGUCCUCUGGAGUCGGACUCGGCCCGCUCCGACUCCUUCUGCAGCGCCUCCGAACAGCAGGCUGGGGCGACACGGGAGGAGGAGGAGGAGCUUCUGGGGGGCGAGGAGACAGAGGAGGAGGAGGCGAUGGACCUGUCCAGCUCCUCCAAACAGCAGCAAUCAGAAGAGGGCGGGGCUUCCAGCAGGACCGCCCCCUCACCACAGCCGCAGAGCGGCAGCGAAUCAGAGGAGCGCAGCUGAAGGCGGGAGGAUCCGGCUGUGGACGGACUGACGAGAACUGCUCUGUGAUUGGCUCCUACCUCAGGGAGCUGAGCCAAUAAACAGCAGAGACAUCAACUGUUGCUAUGCAAAGUAGCUUAACUCAAAUGUAUAAAACUGUCUAAAAUAUUUAUUCUGUGAUCUUAGUCCAGUCCCGCCCCCCUACCUCACACCAAAGGCUUCUGGGAGCUAACCAAUCAAAGAGGAGUGGGCGGGGCUAAUAGCAGCACUGGUAUAAC